AAAUUAUAUAAUGCGAUAGUAACUAAUCUAUACUAACUACACCAAAAUGAGUCAUAGUAAGUACGACUACUUAGAAAAAGCAGCCAAUGAACUCUAUGAACCCAUAAUACAAGAACUAUCCAGUCAAUCCACCAAAAAGUAUGAUAAAGAUAAGUUAACAUUUGAAGAAUUAACUCAGUGGAGACAUGAAAAAUUACCCACAAUAUUAAAUCAAAGAUUUAAAGAUAAUGAUCAUACAUGGCUUACUAAAGAUGAAUUGAUAUUACUAAUGGAUUGGAAACUUGCUGCAGGGAAGUUUAGACCUACCUUACCUAAACUUAUAAAGAGUAAUGAAGAAAAUGAUGUUAUUGAUAUAACUAAAUCAGGAUUUGAUAUUCUCUUACAGUUUACUAAACCAAUAGGAACAAAAGAAUAUCAGAGUACUGUUAAAGAUUCUAUUAAAAAGAUAAGUCAAUUAAGAGGAGUAGGACCUGCAACAGCCAGUUUAAUGUUAUCAUUACUAUAUAAAAUCAAUAAAACUAUUGCUCCACCAUUCUUUAGUGAUGAAAGUUUUAUUUAUUAUGUGAUACAACCUAUUCGACCUCAAACUCCAAUAAAAUAUAAUAUAAAGGAAUAUAUUGAAGAACUUUUACCAGUUUAUUUUAAAAUCCUUAAAGUUCGAAAUGAUUUAGAUAUGCAAUUAUUAGAAAGAGGUGCUUGGUCUAUACAACAAAUGAUAUUAAAUCAAAUAGAUAAAUUGAUUAAUGUUAAAGUACCUUUUGAAAUUAAACCACUUGAAGAAUUAGAAAUAACUUCUCCAGAACCGGUUAAGAAGAAGAGGAAACAUAACUAAGAAUUAAAU